GAUGAUGAAGAAAAAGCAAAGAAGAAGUGUUUCUUUGGGAUGUGUCUUAAUCCCCUGUCUCGUUACAAACUCAGCAAGAGGGCGGAAGAGGAUUCCCAGAAGAUUGCUAAGCAUGUGCAAAAAGUUCCUGGAUUCAAUCUUCGAACUUCCUACCCUGUUAUUCCACAGCGGGUAGUGGCUGCACCUGUCAAGGAUUUUCAGGAGUUUGAGUCAAGAAUGGGUGUAUUGGAUGACAUGAUGAAGGCAUUACAGAGUCCAAACAUCAACAUAAUAGGACUGCAUGGGAUGCCAGGUGUAGGCAAGACGAUGCUGCUCAAAGAAGUUAAAAGAAAAGCUGAGCAAGAGAAGUUGUUUAAUGCAGUAGUUAUGGUUUCUGUAGCAAAGAAGAAUCCAGACUACAGAAUAAUUCAAGAUGGCUUAGCAUAUGGCUUGGGUGUAGUAGAGCUUUCUUUUGGGAUUGGAGAUCCGAGGGUUGCCGAUCCGCGUGUUGCCGAUCGGCUUAGAGCAAAAAUUUUGGAAGAGAGGAAGGUUCUCGUGAUUUUGGAUGAUAUUUGGGACAAACUAGAUUUGAAGGAACUUGGUAUUCCCUUCGAAGACCAGCAGAGAAUGAAUGCUGAAACUGGUUCAUCAUCCACAAAAGAUCAACAAAUGAAAUGCAAGAUCUUAUUGUCAUCUAGAGAGCUUAAUGUCCUGUCAAUUGAAAUGGGCACUCAAAAGGAGAUUGUAAUUAAUCAAUUGGAAGAUCAAGAAGCGUGGCAAAUGUUCAAGAAGAUAGUUGGUGAUAGGGCUGAAAGUAGCGAGUUGCAGCCUACAGGCUUUGGGAUUGCUACAGAAUGUAAGGGAUUACCCCUUGCUAUUACAACACUUGCAAAAGCUUUGAAAAAUAAGAGUUUGCAUGAAUGGAAGAGUGCUCUACAAAGAAUGAAAAGUCCCUCUCCAAGCAACUUCGAGGGGAUACAUGCAAAAGUUUAUACUGCUAUCGAGGUGAGUUACAAUCACUUAGGAAGUGGGGAGCUCAAGCGAACCUUCUUACUUUCUAGUUUGAUUUGUCGCAACGCUUCAAUUCAAGACUUGUUGAAGUAUGGUGUAGGACUAGGCUGGUUCCCACAAGCUAAUACAAUAGACGGAGCUCGGAAUGAUUUAUUAACAUUGAUAAGCAAUCUGAAAGCUUCUUCUUUGUUGAUUGAUGGUUCUCACGGUGGAUUCUUUGAUGUUCAUGACGUUAUUCGUGCUGUAGCUCUAUCAAUAGCCUGCAGGGAUGGCUAUGGAUUGUUCUUAACAGAUGACGAUUUACCAAAGAAGUGUUCAGAUGAGAAGGCAUUGAACGAUUUCAAAUGGAUAUGUCUAGAAUAUACUAAUAUGAAUGAGCUUCCAAAUGAGUUAGAAAGUCCUCAGCUUACUUUCUUUUGUUUGUCUAACAAAUAUCCCUCUCUGGAAAUUCCAGCAAACUUCUUCAAGGGAAUGCAAAGACUCAGGGUAUUGGACUUGACUCAUUUGCAAAUGUCAUCCCUACCUUCAUCAAUUUCCCUCCUAGAGAACCUCCACACAUUAUGCUUGGAUCAAGGCGUAUUAGGAGACAUAAGCAUUAUUGGAGAGCUGAAGAAUUUAGAAGUUCUAAGCCUUGUGAGGUCUGAUAUUAAAAUGCUACCAAGGGAAAUUGGACAGUUGACUCGGUUAAAGUUGUUAGAUUUGAGUGGCUGCAAAAAACUUAGAGUUAUCCUGCCGCGUGUCUUGGCGAGUAUGUCCAGAUUAGAAGAACUGUACCUGGGAAACAGCUUCAACAGAUGGGAGCAUGAUGAGCAUGAAAGUCAACGAAAUGCUAGCCUUGCUGAGUUGAAGCAAUUGAAGAAAUUGACUGCUUUGGAGAUACGUAUUCCUGAUGUUAAGAUGAUCCCAGAAGACUUGUCUUUUGAAAAGCUUGAAAGAUGCAAGAUAUUCAUUGGAGAUGCUUGGAACAAAUGGGAUAGUUCUGCUGAAAUCUCAAGAAUAUUGAAGCUGCGGCUGAGGGCAUCCAUAAGUUUUGAUUCUUCGCUUAAACAGUUGUUGAAGAUGUCUGAAGAGCUACAUCUAGAGGAGUUGAAGGGUGUCAAACACAUACUCUAUGGGUUAGCUAGUGAAGGUUUUCAAAAACUGAAGUAUCUUCAUAUUCGCAAUGCUUCAGAUAUUCAAGGCAUCAUCAUGGACUCAGCGGGGCUUUGCAAUGCAUUUCCAACUUUGUUAAAAGUAAUAAAUGUUGAAUGUUGUAAUCAGCUGAAGAUGUUGUUCUCAUUCUCAACAGCUAGACAGCUUUUCCAACUCCAAGAAAUUGGAGUAACAGAUUGUAGAAACAUGGUAAAUAUUGUUGAUGAAGAAGGGAAAGAGGAUUUUGGGGAUAUUGUUGAAGCAACUGAUCAAAUGGUUAAGCUUGCCCAUUUGCUGUCCUUGAGACUACAAAAUCUACCGAAGUUCAUUAGCUUCUGCCAUGAAUAUGAUACAAGCUCGAGUCAUGUUCCACUUUUCAGUGAGAAGAUGCAAGACCUUCAAAACCUUGUCAGAUUCUGCUCAGGAAAUUGUAUCAUGGCAGUCCCAUCCUUGAAGCGAUUGACAAUAGAGAACUGUCCAAAUUUGAAGGAGUUCCUGGGUAAAUCUUUGAACACAGAUAUAGCCACUGACAUAACGCCUCUCUUUAAUGAACAGCUUGAGGGUUUCAACCUGCAGUCUUUAGAGCUGUCUGGAAAUAUUAACAUUCAGCAAAUUUGGCACAAUCGGGUUCCAGAAAUGUCUUCUCUUGUUCGAAAUCUAAAAGUGUGUAUUGUGAAGGGCUGUGGUAGUUUAAAAUAUCUAUUGACAUCCUCUAUGGUUAAAAGUUUAGUGAAUCUUGAAGGCCUCGUUGUUGAGAAUUGUAAGAUGAUGGAAGGGGUAAUAGUCGCAGAAGAAGGAUUUGCGGAAGAAGUCACGACCCAGAAGAUAUUUUUCCCUAAUUUGCAAUCCUUGGCACUUUUUGACCUUCCCAAACUCAAAAGAUUCUGUUCUGGAAAUUACAUCGAAUUCCCUUGCCUUACAAGACUUUAUAUAAUAGAAUGUCCUCUAUUGAAGGCGUUCACCUCUAGCCCUGUUAUUGGAGACACAGUAGUCAGUACAGAGAAAGCUGAAAACACCUCCACACCACUUCUAUUUGAUGCAAAGGUGGCACUCCCUAUGCUAGAGUCUCUAAUAAUCAAUCAAAUGAGGAGCUUGGACAAGAUAUGGCACAACCAACUUGAUGCAGACUCAUUUUGCAAACUAAAAGACCUUGCUGUAACUGACCGCGAAACACUAGAGAGCAUUUUCCCAUUUAGUAUGCUGGAAAGACUUCAGAGACUAGAAAAACUGUUGAUUAGGAGAUGUGAUUCACUAGAAGUGAUAUUUGAACCUCAAGGACAUAUUGCUAUCUAUUCACAAGCUCUGGUAGCCAGUCAGCCAACUUUGGUAGAAACUGAAACCAAGUUGGUACUUCCAAAAUUGAUAGAACUGAGGCUUGGAAGCCUACCCAAGCUCAAGGGCUUCUGCCAUCCAGUACACUUUAUAUCUUUGAGGAAUCUGCAGGAUCUAGAAGUAUCAACAUGUCAUGGACUCGUAAGUUUAAUGAGGUAUUCAACAGCUAAAAGCUUGGUGCAGCUCGCAAGAAUGAGUAUAAGUGAUUGCGAUAUGAUAGGAGAAAUUGUGUCAUGCAUUGAUGAUGAGGUGAAGGAUGGCGUUGUCUUCAGCCAACUCAAGUAUUUGCGACUGAGCCAUCUACCAAGACUAGCAACCUUCUGCUCAGUGGGCUGCAACUUUGAGUUUCCAUCUUUGGAAGACAUAAUUGUGAUGGGUUGUCCAAAUAUGCAGCUUUUCUCUAGGGGAGAAUUAAGCACACCAAAACUGCAGAAAGUAAAAUUUAUAGAAGAAGAUGAUGGAGCGCGCUGGGAAGGGGACCUUAACACCACUCUGCAACGAUUGUUUAUGGAAAAGGUUGGAUACCAUGGGUUGGAAAAUUUGAAGAUCUCUGAGUUUGAGCUUGUUGAUCAGGCAAUUAUUGAAAUUUGGAACAAGAAUCCUAGAGAGAAUCUACCUUUUAGAAAUCUUAAAUCUUUAGAAGUUUCUGGUUAUAGCAGCUGGAGAUACCUUUUAACCCCUUCUAUGGCAUUGGGCCUUGUGAAACUCCAAGAUUUAAGAGUCUCAAAUUGUGCUACAAUGGAGCAUGUGAUAACGGGAGAUGGAGCUGAUGAGGUGUUUCCUCAGCUAAAUUCCAUCAAUUUGGAGUCUUGUUCUAACCUGACAUGUUUCUAUGAGGGAAGCAGUACGCUUAACCUUCCAUCUUUGGAAGAAAUCACGGUGGCUAACUGUACAGCAAUGGUUACCUUUGUCUCUGGGUCUUCAAAAGAGCAAGACAAUGUAAGUACUUCUGAUGGUGCAGGAAGUGAAGAAAGGCAUGAUAUCCCUAUUCAACCAUUUUUCAGCAAUAAGAUGAUGGAAGCGGUAAUAGUCACAGAAGAUGGAUUUGCAGAAGAAGAAAAGACCCAGAAGAUAUUUUUUCCUAAUCUGCUAGUCCUGGUACUUGAUGACCUUCCCAAACUCAAAAGAUUCUGUUCUGGAAAUUACAUCGAAUUCCCUUGCCUUGUGGUAUUUGGAAUGAGACAAUGUCCUCUGUUGAAGGCGUUCACCUCUAGCCCUGUUAUUGGAGACAUAGUAGUCAGUACAGAGGAAGCUGAAAACAACUCCACACGGCCUCUAUUUGAUGCAAAGGUGGUGGUCCCUGUGCUAGAGAUACUAGUAGUCAAUCACAUGGAGAGCUUGGACAAGAUAUGGCACAACCAACUUGAUGCAGAAUCAUUUUGCAAAUUACAAGUCCUUCAAGUAAUUGGCUGUAAAACACUAGAGAGCUUUUUCCCAUUUAGUAUGCUGGAAAGGCUUCAGAGACUAGAACAACUGUUCAUUAGGAGUUGUGAUUCACUAGAAGAGAUAUUUGAACCUGAAGGACAUAUUGCUAGCUAUUCACAAGCUCUGGUAGCCAGUCAGCCAACUUUGGUAGAAGCUGAAACCAAGUUGGUACUUCCAAAAUUGGUAGAACUGGGGCUUGAAAGCCUACCCAAGCUCAAGGGUUUCUGCCAUCCAAUACACAUUAAAUGUCCAUCUCUGAAGAAAUUGGAGGUGUUUGGAUUCCAGCAGCUAGAGAUAUUUGCUUUCGAAUUUCCAAGCUUCCAAAGUACAACUAGUGAUCACCAACUUGAGACUCGACAACAUCCUCUUUUUUGGAUCAACAAGGCUACAUUCUCCAAUCUAGAAGAAUUGAAACUUGAAAAGAUUGGCAGUCUGAAGGAGAUAUGGCGUGGACAAUAUGCAGGGGGCUAUUUUCCCAAACUAAAAAAAUUGGAACUUAUCCACUUUUCUGAGCAAUCAGUUGUUUCUUCUUUCUUUUUCCAGUCACUCCCUUGCAGUCUUGAGGAACUUGUUGUGAGCUAUGCUUCCUUUAAUGAAAUAUUUCAAUGUGAAGGAUCUGGUGGUGAGGGAAGACCUGCAGGUGGACUCACUCAGUUAAGGGAAUUAAGGUUAUCUAAUCUUAAUGAGCUAAUGCAUCUCUGGAAGGUUAAACCUGACUUUGAAACCAUUGUCUACAACUUGAGAGCUCUGGAAGUGCUUGAAUGUAGCAAAUUAAUGAAUUUAGUGCCAUCCAUUAUAUCUAUGAGGAAUCUGCAAGAUCUAGAAGUAUCAAGAUGUCAUGCCCUUGUAAGUUUACUGAGGUAUUCAACAGCUAAAAGCUUGGUGCAGCUCACAAGAAUGAGUAUAAGUGAUUGUGAUAUGAUAGGAGAAAUUGUGGCAUGCAUUGAUGAUGAGGUGAAGGAUGGCAUUGUCUUUAGCAAACUCAAGUAUUUGCGACUUAAGGGUCUACCAAUGCUAGCAAACUUUUGUUCAGUGGAAUGCAACUUUGAGUUUCCGUUUUUGAAAGACUUAAUUGUGAUGGAUUGUCCAGACAUGCAGUUUUUCUCUAAGGGGGAAUUAAUCACACCAAAACUGCAAAAAGUAAAAUUGACAGAAGAAGAUGAUGAAGGGCGCUGGGAAGGGGACCUUAACGCCACUCUACAACAGUUGAAAAUGAGUACGGAUGGCUCUAAUGAAGACUGAACUUACGCAAACUGGAUUACAUCCGUCUCUGAAGACGUAUAUACAAGAGACUUUCUCUCACGUCCAAAACUAAAGUCAAAUGGUUGAAUGGUGCAUUCACAAGCUGGAUUUUAAUGCUGUCAAGUUGUCACGCUGUCUGGCUCAAAUAAUCACUUCCCUUACUAAGACUGAACCCAUUCCCCCCCCUAAAAUCCACGUUUGAACUUGUAUUAUCUCUGUUUAAUUUCUGUGAGGCUUGCUGGUGUGUUUUAUGGUGUGAAGUAAAAAAGAUGAACUUCA